CAGGAACUUGCGUAGCUAGCUAGCAAGUUUCAUAAAGUCCGUUUGGUUUCCUGGUUUACUUGUUAUUGUAAAGGCAAUAUAUUCGCACAGGCAGCCACCUAAUGAAAACACCUGAUGUCAGUCCCUGGAACACGACUGUCCGGGCUCGGGCAAAUAACAGACUAUCUCUAUAUCGGCAACAGCAGAACAGCUAAAGAUAGUUCGGUUAUAUCUCAUUUCAAAAUUAAUUGUAUUAUAAAUGCUACAGAGGAUGUCAUCAAGGUUUGCACUCCUUCUGUGGAAUAUGUUCGAGUCCCCGUCACGGACUCUCCUGAAACCCAGCUUGGAGAACAUUUCGAUACCGUCGCAGACAAAAUACACAAAGUGAGAACAGAAUGCGGAUGCGUCUUAGUGCACUGUAAGGCAGGUGUGAGUCGCUCUGCGGCACUUUGUCUUGCGUACCUCAUGAAGUACCGCAGUCUGUCACUGGUGGAGGCGCACCGACUGCUAAAAGCGCGCAGACCAAUAAUUCGACCAAAUAGUGGUUUCUGGCAACAACUGAUUGAAUACGAGUUGAAAAUACGUGGAACAACCUCAGUAACGAUGGUAACGUCACCGGUGGGCCAGAUUCCAGACUUGUAUGAACAUGAAACAAAAGAUUUGAUACCACUUUGAAAUUAAACUACUGAUGUUCAGCUUGGAACGAUAUUAACAUUAAUAUGCGAACCGGGCCAUUGGAAGCAAACAUGUCACAAGUCCCUUCCUAAGAUCUAUAUUGUUUUAUGCGGUUGUCCAACUAUUUAUGCUGGCUAACGCUAAUUCAGUGCUGUUUUAUAAACCUGUCAGUUAUUCAUUGCGUUAAAAUGAUGAUAAAAUCCUAUUUUCCUCUUUACUUGCCUACAUAUCGUAAAACAAGAAUGUCCCUAUUCUUGCCCUCGUGUUUUUGUAGUCUGAACAACCAAAAGAUGGCGCAAUACUUCCUUAAGACAAAAAAAAAAUACAGUAAACCACUUUUACCUCGUUUCGUUUUCGUAUAAACUUAAAUAUUGACAUGACUCAUUAUUUAAAUUUGGUAUAAUCGCAUACUGAGUUGUGUCUUUGGCUUUUAUGAGGUAUUUUAUUUUUAUUAUGUUUGAUAUAUUGUCUUCCAUACACUCUCAGGUUAUAACUUAAUGAGAAAACCUGCUGUCUUUAAUAAUAAACAAAAAUAGUUAUGGGAAAUAGUUAUGAAAUAAUUACUGUAUUAUAUUUCAAAAUUAUAAGUAGUAAUCUGUGGUGAGGUAUCUAUGGUGAGGUAAGUAGGCAUUAAGUCCAUGUACUCUUUAAGUCCACUUUUAAUUGUGAAGUCAAAAAGUGAUGUACAAAAUAAUGUACACUCUUAAUUGUUUGGGGCCAGUUUUGUUAUUGGUUUCUGGAAUUGUGUUUUGUUUUUUUUUUCCAUUUGCCUCUGGAAUUGUGUCCAAUUAGCCAGUAUUAAAUGAGAACGUUCAAAUUGUAGGCGGUCCAUGGUGACCUCGAAGAAAGUCAGCAGAAUCCUUGUAGUUUAGCAUCUAUCCAGGAAUGCACAUUUAUUGUCUGUAAUUGGACAUUCCUCUUGUAUGUACUGUAAUAAUAUGUCAAUUUAGAGUUUUGUGACUUUUAUUUGUGAUUUAAUUAUCUGAUGAAAGAUUUGUGAUUUAAGUAUAUGAUGCAAUGUUACUUUAUCGAUCAGUGCUAGUUCCUCAAACAGUUAUCGGAAUUUUCCAAUGCAUCAUCGACACCGUGCAGCAUUGUUGAAACACUGGCAUCAUAAAAUGGGUCAUAGUCAACGCAUCAAACAUGUAAAGCAUGCAUACUGUCACAGAUGCCCAAGGGACCAUCUGAACAGCCUCAAAACUGUUUCAGCCACACUGACGGCUAGAUAAGGACAUUAACACAAACACUUUAACUGUUCUGUUUUAUAAUAAUCUUUUCCAUUGUUGUUCAUGAAACUAAUUACAAAUGAACUGAAUUGUUUGUAUAUAUUAAUAUUUUUCACUUGGGCUUAAACAGUACAUCACUACAUAAAGUCUGCUGUAUUGGCAGCAAACAAGUUAAUAUUGUUUUAGUUCUUAAAGGUGCCAUAUGGAACCAAAAAGGGUUCUUUGGAACAAUGCCAUAGAGGAGUGAUUUUGCGCCUUUUUAAUUAAUGGUUAUUUUUAAUGGCUAUUUUUAUUGGUACCAUAUAGAACUAGUUUUGGUGUCUUAACAAUAGCUCUUAAUCACUUUUCAGAGGACAUUUUCAAAAAUGUUCUUUGUUAACCAAUACCACAAGGUUCUUCAGAGUUAGAUGGUUCCUCAACAGCUAAAUAUAAAUGUACUAUAUACUGGAACUGCAGGACUAAGCAGACUAAAAAACAAAUUCAAUAUAUAUAUAGUCUUUAUUAAACAUUGUUAUUAUUACUCAAGGAAAAAAACAAUUCAUUUGU